AUGGGAGGACUAUUGCGUGAAAGAGGAGGGCUACGUCGUGAUUGGGAGCAUGUUUUGGAUGAUUCUAAAUGGUCAGUAACUAAAAUGCCCCUAGAGAUCAACUAUACAGUAUACUUAAGCUAUGAAUAUAUGCCUUCAUAUUUGAAGCAGUGCUUUCUAUACUACUCUCUUCUUCCUAAAAGUAAACCUUAUAAUAUGGAUCAAGUAGUAGCAAUGUGGAUGAGCGAAGGUUUUCUUCAUGGAAACUCCAGUGAUUUAGAAGAAUUGGGAAGAAAUUACUACAAGGAGUUGCUAUCCAGGAACCUUAUAGAGCCAGAUAAAUUGUAUGUUGCUCCAUGGAUUUCCAGCAUGCAUGAUAUUGUUCGCUCAUUUGCUCAUUACAUGACUAAGUAUGAAGCACUUAUAGCUCAAGAUGGAGAAAAUGAUAUUCUUACUAAACUUAGUUCACAAAAGUUUCUUCGGUUGACCAUAGAAACCAAUCAAUUGCAAUCAGAUGAAGUUGACUGGAAAUCUCUACAUGAGCAACAAUCGUUGAGAAAAUUAAUCUCAACUAUCCAGAUCAAGAUGAAACCUGGUGAUUCAUUUAUUAUGUUUUCUAGUCUGCGGACUCUACAUAUAGAAUUUGCUAAUGUGGUUUCAUUGGUUGAAUCGUUGCAUCAACUCAAGCACCUGAGGUAUUUGAAGCUAGUAAAUACCAAUAUAUCUGUACUUCUAGGGGACAUUGGCAAGAUGAAACUAUUGCAAUUCCUUGACCUUCAUGGAUGUGAAAAUUUGGUGAAUCUUCCUGGUAGCAUUGUGAAACUUGGCCAGCUGAGGUUACUUGAGCUUCCCAGUUUAAGUGUGAUACCUAGAGGGUUCCGUACCCUAACAAAUAUGAGGAAACUAAAUUGGUUUCGAGCCCACAUGGAUGGUGAAUGGUGCAGUUUGGAUGAGUUAGAGUCUCUUUCCCAACUCAGGUUCCUUACUUUAUAUGAAUUGGAGAACGUAUCUGCUGCCCCAUGUGCUGCUAAUGCUAGGCUUGGUGAUAAAAAGCAUCUUAUCAGAUUGUCUUUAUUCUGCACCAGCAGACUGGAAAAUGAUGGGUUGAUAAAAGAGAAAGAAGGUGUCCCUGAGGAAGAGCAGCGGCGAAUCAAGAAGGUGUUCAAUGAGCUCUCCCCUCCACACAGUAUAGAUAAUAUUAUAAUUGGUGGUUAUUUUGGCAAGCAACUCCCAACUUGGAUGAUGUCUGCGUCCAUGGUGCCCCUCAAUAACUUGACAUAUAUUAUGUUUGUUGACUUGGCUUGCUGCACACAACUUCCCGAUGGGUUGUGUCAGCUCCCGAACCUGCAGUUCUUUAAGGUAGACCGUGCUCCAUGCAUCAGGCGUGUUGAGGCUGAAUUCUUGCAGGCGGCGGCAACUCCAUUUCCAAGGUUAAAUGAGAUGUACUUACUAGGAAUGGUGCAAUGGGAAGAGUGGGAGUGGGAGGAGCAAGUACAAGCCAUGCCUAGGUUGGAGAAGCUUAUGCUCAGGAAAUGCAAACUGAGGCAUAUUCCUACAGGCGUUGCCACCAAUGCAAGGGCUUUGAAGGAAUUAUUCCUACAAGACAUUCAACACCUCAACUACCUUGAGAGCUUUUCUUCUGUUGUUGAGCUUACAAUGCUUCGAAUCCCCGACAUGGAGAGGAUCACUAAUCUCCCCAAUCUGCAGAAGCUCACGAUCACCGAUUGCCCAAAGCUGAAGGUGCUAGAAAGUAUCCCCGCACUUGAGAGGCUGAUCCUGCAGGAUUAUGUCAUGGAAGAACUCCCCAAAUACAUGCGGGAUAUAAAAUCCAAGGCAUUUGCAGCUAUUUUGCAGGAUAUGGCUGCUAUCUUCGUUAGCCACGGGACAAUCUGGUCCUGA